AUGGCCGACGGCCACACUGCAUCACAACCACGCAUCAUCGUCGACGUUCCCAUCAACUUCUACGGUUUCGACUCGGUCGAACCGUUCUAUAUUAUCGACCUCGAUGAGAGGUGGGACCUCAUCAUCGGGAUGUUCUGGCUGGAAUCCCAUCAGCCAUGGAUUGAUUGGAAGGCAAAAUCCAUGCAUAAGGUUACCUUGCUCAACGCGAGCCAACCCUGGAUUGAUCGGCGGGGUGCCGAUCGCCUUCCCCCGUCCACCACCAACCCGCUUGGUCCUCCGUUAGUGGCGAUGACUAAUGAUCUCGCCCCUCCUAGCCCCGCAGCGCGCUCACUGGCCCCAGCACACACGGCCCAAACGGACCCAGCCACGGUGCUGCACAACCCCCCUUUCGUUCCCCCAACAGAGUCGCCCUAUGUUGUCAUCGCGAAGAUCACUGUCGAAGAAGAGAUGGAUCUCUUUUCGAUCUCGAGAGCGGAUGAAUCGGACCUCGCCGCUCCUUUGAAGUCCCAGACGUGGGACUCCCUGCGGUCCAACCAUAUUACGACCUCCUCAAAGAGUUUGAGGACGUCCUUCCCGACGAGGUGCCCUGCCGACUCCCCGUCGACAACGGCAUUCAACACGAGAUUAAUCUCGUGCCUGGCGCUAAGUAUUGCGUCACGCGGCAAUGACCACUACCUCAUUCUUCGCGGCCCGCAAGGCGGCGGGUCACGUCCGCGAGAGCAUUUCCCCUCCCAGCAGCCCGACCUUCUGUGUGAAGAAGCCCGGUGGGAAAUGGCAUAUUGUACACGCCUUUAA